GCCUCAUCCCUGCGCAGAGGAGGAAACCCGACAGCCCAGAUGUGCACAGAGCCACGCCGAUAGCAUUCUUAUUUUCUUUUUUUUCCUCUGCAAGCAGAGGAGCUGCCGAAGCGGCGGCGGGCACGGCCCAACCCACGGCGCGGUGAAGAGCCGGGAGGCUGCGGGACAGCCCUGGCGCAGCCAUGGGGCAGAAGUGCAUGGACAAGGUGUCCUCCUUCCUCUUCGAGUAUGACACCCCUCGGAUGGUGCUGGUGAGGAACAAGAAGGUGGGACUGACCUUCCGGCUGAUCCAGCUCAUCGUCCUGGCGUACAUCAUUGGGUGGGUGUUCCUCUACGAGAAGGGCUACCAGUCACAGGACAGCAUCGUAAGCUCGGUCUCGGUGAAGUUGAAAGGGCUGACGCUGACCAAUGAGAGUGUCCUGGGUCCUCACAUUUGGGAUGUGGUGGAUUAUGUUUUCCCACCCCAGGGGGACAACUCGUUCGUGGUGAUGACCAACUUCAUUGUCACUCCUGGACAGAAACAAGGAACCUGCCCAGAGCUGCCAGAUGCCGGGCUGUGCACACGGGACAGCGACUGCAGCAAAGGGAAGUACAGCCGUCAGGGACAAGGGCUCAUGACUGGCAAGUGUGUACACUACAACAACACUGUGAAGACCUGUGAGAUCUUUGGCUGGUGUCCUGUUGAAGUCGAUUACCAUGUUCCCAGCCCUGCCCUACUGUCAGAAGCAGAGAAGUUCACCUUGUUCAUCAAGAACAGUAUCACCUUCCCCAAGUUCAAGGUGUCCAGGCGCAACUUAGUUGAGAGCAUUACCAAGCAGUACCUGAAGAAAUGCACCUAUCACAAAGUCACCGAUUCCUUAUGUCCUGUGUUCGAACUGGGAUACAUAGUGAAGGAAUCGGGUCAGAAUUUUACCUUUCUGGCUGUUAAGGGCGGAGUGGUGGGCAUCACCAUAGACUGGAACUGUGACCUCGACUGGCCCCUGCGGUACUGCAAACCCAUUUACCAGUUCCAUGGCCUUUACAAUGAUGACAGUAAUGUUUCACCAGGGUUCAACUUCAGAUAUGCCAAAUACUACAAAGAAGGUGGGAUGGAAAAGAGGACACUCUACAAGGUGUUUGGGAUCCGGCUCGACAUUUUGGUGAAUGGCAAGGCAGGCAAAUUUGACAUCAUCCCGACCAUGACCACAAUUGGCUCUGGAAUUGGUAUUUUUGGAGUGGCCUCUGUCCUCUGUGACCUGCUCCUGCUGCAUUUUCUCCAUGGACGAGACUAUUACAAGCAGAAGAAAUUCAAAUAUGCAGAACAGGAGCCUUCGAAGCUGCAUAAGAAGGAAAAGGAGACAGACAACACACAGUGAGAGCAUCUCUUGAAGAAGGGCAGUCGGGGGCAAGACACCAGAAAUCACUGUGCACCUCUCUCUCAGCAGAAUCCACACUGACUGACAAACCUGCACCGCUUUUCCUCCUCCUCUUCUCAUAAAACUCAGUCGCCAUCCCCUGUCACUUCCCUGGGCUAGCCCCAGGCCAGCAGGAGCAGUGUCCAGCACCAGCCCAUGGGAAGGUGGUGCCCUGCAGCCAGGGCAGGGGCUGGCCGACCCAGCACAUGGCCUCUGGUGGGACAUGCCACAAUGCUGUAGAUGGGUCAAACUAAGGGAUCUCGGGGCCCUCUGCCAGCCCUGCUGCAGGGCACUGGGUUUGCUGGCAUUGCAGGCCCUUCAGAAGGGCUCCCACUGCACCCUGCCUGGUGUGCCAGGGUCGUGCCAGGGCACUUGCACGUGAAGACCCUGGGGAGAGCACAGCUGCCAUUUCUUCCCCAGAAGCAUCCUUGGACAGAUUCAAAAGGGAAGGGAAAGGAAGGAGUGCUGGCAGGAACCAUACCCAGCCCCUCUGCCUUGGAAAAAAAUGGUUAUUUUGUAAGGAUGU